ACACGUUACAUCUUACGUCGAGUGCGCUAGUUUUUAGUUUUAGUUUGGUUUAUCUUAAAUUUUUCUCCUAUUUUUCAUAAAAGCAGUCAUAACAAGUACUUUGAUUUGUAUGGGAAUUUACUUCGAUGUCAUCUGGAGCAAAGAUGGACCCUGAAUUACAAAAAAGGUUGCAAGAAGAUGAGACCCUACAGGAGUUCUUGCAAGAUGACUUCAAUGUCCAAGAGCAUACCAACCAGGUCAUGCAGAGCAUGGCCAUCACAGAGCAACUGUCAAAACUAGCCGAGGGCAUCAGUCUAUUGGACAAGGAGCUGCAUGCACAGGUUUCAGCUCACCAUGAGGACUUGCUUUCACAGGCCACUGGCAUUGAGACUCUGGAAGGCGUUCUGCAGAUGAUGAAUACAAGAAUCGAGUCACUUCAGUCUGCAGUAGAAAGGAUUCGAAAUAAAAUUGUAGAACCUUACAACAAGAUAGUUGCCAGAACAGCCCAGCUACGACGACUUCAGGAGGCAUGUGACCUACUGAGGAGGAUCAUCCGCAUCCUGUAUCUGAGUAAACGGCUUCAUAGUCAGCUGCAAGGCGGAGCUCGAGAGAUCACUAAGGCGGCUCAGAGCUUGAACGAAUUAGACUUUCUGUAUCACGGAGUGGAUCUGAAGGGAAUUGAGGUGAUUGAGCAAGACACGUUGUUCAUCAGAAAGGCGAGACGGGACGUGGAGAGGCAAGCUCAGAAGAUGCUUCACCAAGGGAUGGAGACGCAGAACCAGUCUCAAGUAGCCACUUCUCUUCAAGUCUUUCACAAUCUGGGCUGCCUCCACGAGACGGUGGAUCGCAUCGUUGAUGAGAGCCAAGAAGCCGUCAAGAAGAACAUCCAGGAGGCGCUGAAUGUGCAGACACCAAGCCAACCACAAUUCCAGCCUGGGAGGGGUGGUCCAGGCCGGGCAUCAAUGCCUGCCACGGGUAACACAGCAACCUUCAGAGCGACACUCUGGACGAACCUGUCCAAGCUGAUGGACCAGAUAUAUGCUACAUGUGGACAGGUGCAACAUCUUCAGAAAGUCUUAUCCAAGAAGAGAGAUCCUGUAACCCACGUCUGCUUCAUGGAGGAACUCAAAAAGGAGGGUCGGACCAACAUUAUGGAGUCAUUCUGGAAAUCGCUGACUUCAACUCUGAAAGGAGAAUUUGCCGAUACAGCAAAUGCAUCUACCUUUGUCAAGCAGGCAUUUGAAGGGGAAUACCCCAAACUCUUACGACUCUUCAAUGAACUGUGGAAACGCCUUCAGCAGUUCAGUCUAGCCACGCCCACAGCUGGCGGUGACUCCGUCUAUCUUGCUUCACCCAAGGCAGAGACAUUCGCUGAGCAAGAGAUGGGGGAGUACAGUUCUGAGAAGGCCUUGAAGGAGUCUCUAUCAACCUUUGAGAACGCCUACCUGACGCGGUCGCUAUCACGUCUCUUUGAUCCAAUCAAUCUGGUGUUUCCCAGCGGAGCAUCCAGCCCACCGUCUGAUGAUGAAGUGGAGAGUAUUGCCAAAUCAAUCGCAAGUGAGUUGAAUGUGGCUAGCGUGGACACUGGACUGAGUUUGUUGGUUGCACGCAACGUGGCAAAAACUGUCAAACUGUACUGCGCCAAGUGUGAACAACUUCUUUCUACCGAUGGUGAAGCGACCCAGGUCAUUGCCUCGCCGACCUCGGGUCAAAUGAGGAACGUAGCCGACGUCAACUCACUCUUUCAUUUCCACCAAGCCGUCUGCAAGGUUGUGGAUAGUAUGAGCAACUUCCCCGGCCAAGCCGUGCAAGUUGUACAACUAGCGCUACAGGAUAUAGUUGCUCUGAUGAGUAAUGCUCUCAAGCCACUACUCAAUUCCAUCUUUGAUUCCAUCGAGGCUAUCAUUCUCACCAUGCACAAUGAAGACUUCAAGGGAGGGCAGCCGGGUGGUCCAGGCAAGGAGGCCAUUGAUGCACCAUGCUCUCUGUAUAUGAGAGAACUACAAGGAUUCAUUGCACGUGUACAGAUUGACUAUCUAGCUCCCUUCAAAUGCACAGACUUUGUCAUCGACAGUGUGCAUCCGAUGGCCUGUGAAGCCAUCGAGUUGUUCGUCCGACACGCCAGCUUGAUCCGCCCCCUUGGAGAAGGAGGGAAAAUGAGACUAGCGGCUGACUUUGCUCAGAUGGAGCUAGCCGUGGUGCCGUUGUGUCGUCGUGUGUCAGACCUAGGCCGUCCCUAUAAGCUCCUGCGAGCGUUCAGACCUCUACUCUUCCAAACAUCAGAACACAUCUCCAACAGUGCUGCGUUAGGGGAGAUCAUACCGUACUCUACAGCACUGCACUUCCUGUUUGCCAGAGCUCCACAGGAGGUUAUGUCACCACACGAGAUUGCUGGCUGGUCGACCACACGUUAUUCCCAGUGGCUAAGUGAGCACACGUCGGAAAAGGAAAGGCUGGCACUCAUUAGGGGAACCCUGGAGGCCUAUGUGCAGUCAGUCCGAGCAAGACAAGGCAAGGAGUUUGCUCCGAUCUAUCCCAUCAUGAUCGACUUGUUACAGAGAGGAACGCAAGCCACGGGCUCUGAUAUGCCUCAUGUAUAGGUGGUCAGAGAGGACUACAAGUCAUCACAAGCUAUCAUAAGCCGUCAUAAGUCAUCACAGGUCAUCACAAGUCAGUGCAAGUCGCCACAAAGCAAUCACAAUUCAUCACAAGUGAUCACAAGUUAUCAUAAGUCAAUCACAAGUCAUCAUAAGUCAAUCACAAGCUAUUCAAAUGAACAAUGGUGAAGCAGUCUGUGAUUCUGACCAGACUUGUGAUUUGACUUGUGAGUGACUACAUUACAAGUAUGUGAGUGAUAUCUACGGCAUCACUGGAACCAAUAUUUGAAUGAGUUCCACACACACACUGGGAUUUUUUUCCCUUUUUGAUUCUCAUCAAUUAGGGUGAAAAAUAGGAGGUGGAGAUAUCAUUGAAUUCAUCAAUGUGGAAAAAUGGUGUAUAUAUAUGUAUGUACAUUUUUUAGAUACAUGGUAACAUGAAAAAUGUUGAGUUUACAAAAUAUUUUAUUUCACCACUCAAAAGGUUAGCUAAAUUAUCAAAACAUUUGCCUGAUUUUUGUAGUCGAUUCCAAUAAACACUUUAGCAACUGUACUACAGUGUGUUUAUUCACUUAUGAAUCCAUGUAGACCAAUUCGGGCACGUUACUUCAGAAACCAUUGUGCAAGCUAUUGUACACAGCAACUGGCCCGUGACGGAUAUAUCUGAACAAUAGCUGGCGCAAUGCUUUCACCAUUGAAGGGGCCAUCAUGAUAGAAGUGUUAUUGUGCCCAGAUUGGUCUACAUGUAGUGCUUAUUAGGCGGUUUUGAGGUGCUACAGGGAGUAAUAGGCAGGGUGGUUUGGGGCAGUACAUUAAAUGGGUUAAUACGCCAAAACUUGCGAAUAACCUAUACCCAUUGCAAGUUAUAUUUGAAUAACAUCUGGUUCGCUGACUUUCUCAUAAUGCUUGGCACGUUUUAACCUCAAAUUCUCCAGACUCAAGACACUGUUGCUAAUCACAUGAUUCGGGGCAAGCUCUUGCAU